CACCUGCCACUUUCACCUGCGUGCGUCAAUCAAGCUGGGAUGCACGUCGCUUUCCUGACGCGACACUUUUAUCCGAUUGGUCCAGCCAUGAUUCGGGGGCGGGUGCUCCCGCGGCUUUAGUGAAAUCCCAUUGGAUGUGAGACACGUUGGUCGACGUGACGCUACUUGGAAUUCCCGAAGUUCCCAAGUUCAGAGGAGAGGAGCUGUGCCCGUGCUAAACAAAACAAAACAAAAGCAAAGCGCUUUGAAGUGGAAAACGCCGAGCGACUCAAGUGUGAGCACGCGGGGUAAAUAAACGUCUUGUUCGCGUUCGCGGUGAUGGAGCCGAGCUCGUGUCGGGGGCAGCCUACUUAACAGCUGGGCCUGAGUGAGAACGCGGAAGAGUGGGAGUGGGAAAUUCAGCCAACCAUCCUUUGUUUACCAUCAUGAGCGAACCUUGAAUUUGGUUGCUACAACAACCACAGCCGCCCAGCAUUUACCUCUUAUAAGAGCAAAUCAGAACCUUAGCGCGCGCUAGCGUUGCCGAUAAGAUUUUUAAAGCUCAAUCUGUCCCGUGUGCUGUGCCAAGUUAAGCCUGACGGGGGCGAUGUCUGACAGCAGCAACAGCACAGGCAGCACAGGCUCCUCCACCAACAGCUGGACCCUCCUCUCCCCGGAGGAAGCUGCCAUUGAGAAUGUCGGGCCCGUGGAUGAUGGCACAGAGAGCCUGGGGGAUGUCCCCAGUCUCUCAGAGGAGGUGGCAGGAGCUGCUGUGGAGUUCAAACCCGUUGGUAUCCCCAUAGAAACUGUACUAUCUGAAGAAGGCCACCAGGUGUGUCAAGAGACCUCUCCAGAGUCCAGUGAGGGUCCUGUCCCUUCUAGUCCAUCCCGUAUGAGCCCUCUCCCACCCAGCCUUCUUGACCCACCAGAUCCGGAUUUGGAGAGUCAGCCUCCAGUUAUCCAUGACAUUGUAACCAGUUCUCCCAGUGACAAUGAGCACCUAGGUGCCAUGCCAUUUGUCACCAACAUUGACAUGGGGGCUCCACUGGAUAUUCCAACUGUUGAAGUCCCCCCAUUCGAGUCCGAGGAGUCCUGCUCUGCACCUCUGAUUACUGAGAUCCCCAUCUCUGCAGAGCAUGAGCUCCAGAAGCCUGUUGAUGUUGGACUGAUUCCUGCGAGUCCUCCUGGGGAGAGUCAAGUCUUCAGUGCUGAACCCGAGGUUAACAUCCCCACCGAGACCCUUACAGCCACGGAUCCCCUGUCUCAUGUUGAAGCUGAUAUCAGCUUUGUUCCAGACAGCACAGAGUCACAAAGCCCAGUCCCCGAGAGCCUGGUGACAGAACAUCCUACUGAUGAAAGUCCUGCACCAGAGACUGUUGGUUCAGCUGAGGCAGAUGAGGAGGCGGCUGUUAAAAAUGAGCCUGCAAAGCCAUCGGAGCCAGUGAGGCAAGAUGAGAGAGACGAUGAAGAAGAGCCUUCCAUUAGGUAUGACUCGGGUGACGCUGGCAGCUUUAAUGAUGGGCUGCGGCGGAGAAAUGUGCCCACCUUUGAGGCACAGAGACCAAGAACAUCAGACGAGGAGGAUGAGGAAGAGGAAGUAGAAUUCAAGCUGGCUGAGAAGAAGGAGGAAAAGCCAUGGUUCUCCUUGAACAAAUGCAUUGUGGGUGCUCUGGUCUUGCUAUUUCUAGGUUCCCUCUUUCUCUCAGGCUUCCACAGUGACCUGGAUAAUGGUGACUUUGACGCCUCCGAUCUGAGUGACGCAGAACAAAGCCAGGACGGGCUUAGCAGUGAUCCACAGGAUAUGAAAGAGCUAUUGGAUAAACUGACACAGGAAAACCAACAAAUCAUUCAGCUAGAGGCACAACUUCAGUCUAAGAAAGAAGAACUUGACUCAGCACUGAAGGCGUUAGCAGCAAAUGGCGAUAAAAAGGGUGAAGCAGAUCUGGAAAAAGAAAAUGCAAAGCUGAAGGAGGAGCUGUCAUCUCUGCCAGAGCUGAAGAAAGAGCUCGAGACUCUCAGAGCCAGAGUGACUGAACUCAGCCAGCUCGCAGCUGAUCAGGAAAUACUUCCAGCUGCAUCUAGUUCGGCCCCACAGCCUGAAGACAAAGAUGGUCAAAGUAACCAGAAAACACCUGGACCAGAGAGGGGGAGGGACGCAAAGCAGGGAGGAAGGCUGAAGGAAGAACUCCAGCGGCAGAAGGUUCUUUUGGAGGAGAGCAAGAAAAGGCUGGACGCAAUGAAAAAAGAUGGAGGCAAGAGAAAACAGGUCAGGGAUCACUUGGAGGAGAUCCAAAGGAAACUCUCCAAAGAAGUUGAGAUGUGGGGGAAGAAGAAGCCCCAGGAGUCCAAAUGGAAAGGGAACAAAGGCAAACACAAUGAGCGGGACCACUACAAGAAAGAGGAGAGGGGAGGAGAGAAAGGGUGGAAGCACAACAACGAGGGAGAAUGGAGGGAUAAAGAAGAGAAGAAGCAGAGAAAGGUGGAAAAAGAGUGGAAAGAUAAGGAGGGCGAAUGGAGGCACAAAGACGAGAGGGGGGGACGAGGAAAAAAAGAGUGGAAAGACAAGAAGGAGGAAGACUGGAGGCAAAAAGAUGAGAGGGAGCAAAGAGGAGAAAAACAGUGGAAAGACAAGAAGGAGCAAGACUGGAGGCACAAAGACGAGAGGGAGCAAAGAGGAGAAAAACAGUGGAAAGACGGCAAAGAGGAAGGGUGGAGAGACAAAGAGGAGAAGAAUGAGAAAGACUGGAAGCCUCAAAAGCAAAACUCUCAUAAAGAGGCUUGGAGGAAACACCAGGACGAGUGGGAGAGCAAGAAGGGUGAGAGGAGAAUGGACAGAGAGGAGAGGAGGAAGGAGAAACCGUGGCACAGCCGGUCUGCUAAAAACCACCAGCACCAACAUCACCAUCAGCAGCCCCGCCAUCCUCAUCAGCACCACAACAACGAUUUCUGGAGAGACCAGGAGCAAAAGCUCCAACGCAAUGUCCGUCCCCAGCUGGGCUGCACUUCCGUGGAGGACUGCGCCAGCAAGGAGGGGCUCUAUCCAGUGGAGCUGUCAGAGUUUGAGGAACUUCUGGAGGGCUACCUGAGCAAGCUUGAAAGGUCAUCAUCAGAGAGCAAGGAUAGGUUCAGGAGGCUGACCGCAGACUACUUUGAGGACGGCGUGUUCAUCCACGACAGGAUUCGUUUCAGCGACUUUGCUGAGGACGUGGCAGACAUUUUGGAAGACAUGGUGGAUGUUUUAGAGGGCGACGGGAAGAAGGACGACGACUCCCUGGAGGAGGAGAUGGAGGAGUUUGAGCGAGAAGCCCUGUGGAAGUUUGCUGCCACGGCUUAAAAAAAACGGCUGCAGAGAGGAAACCAGUGGUGGUUUUAUAGGACAUUUCUUGCCUUCGGAGCUGUAAUAGUAGUAGCUUCUGGCACAGAGUGGUUGUGCCUCUCAUAAACAUGUCUCUGAGUCUGUAAUUAUAAGCUAGACUUGUAUUUGUCAUCUUGGACUUAGUCGUUGUUACCUACCUCUGUCGAGUCAUGCCUCCUAAAGCAAAGUCCUUCAGUAAUGUGUUGUGUGAAUUUCCUCUGCUGUUUAGUGAUUUACACACGUGUAGUGCAUGUUACAGUUCAUUAUAAUGUCAGUUUAAAUUGAUCACACAGAUCACAUAAGAUGGUAUUUGCAAAAAAGGGGGGGGGGGGUUAUUUAUGUCAUUUUAUCUUGUAUGGGAGCCUGACUAAUCUCUACUCCAAGCAGGUUAAAAAAAUACUAGAAUGUUUUUGCAGAUAGCAUUUAUCCCUGCUCGGGUGUGACUGUCCAAUCCCAGAGGAUGAGAUCGCGGUCCUUUCAGUGAUAACAAUCAGAUCAGGUCGGACCAGUUUUCUGUCAGCAGCGCUUUAUUUGGCCAAACACACACAGAGGACUGCCUGAGAGGGCCUGAUUUCUAGAUUUGAAGAACUUUUCCAUCCUCUUGGCCGACGGCAGACGUGUGGAACAACCAGGAACCAGUUUGUGCUGCUCAAGAAAAAAAAAGCAAUAGCCAUAGUUAAGUUGAACAUUGCUAAAUCACUUUAGCACUUUCCUCAAACAUAUGAGAACCGUCUUUUUUUUAAUUUUCUGUUUCCAAUUAGAUUUAUUUUAAAUAGGCAUUUUUUUUUGGGGGGGGGGGUUUAGGACAGGUUUUUUUUGUUUGUUUGUUUGUUUGGUAGUGUAUCCAUGGAGACUGCUAACACCGCUACUCUUACUCAGUAUCCCACAAUCUGACCCAUAUGGAAAAGAUAUAUAUAAAUCUUAUAAAGUUUGUAUCUGUCUUGUGUGAAACUUGUAUGAAAAGCAUACAAGAGUGAAAACACAUAUAAGAUCCCUUGAAAAAUUAUAUAAUGAAACUUGUAUGUUUUGGAUACUUACUAAAACAAUAUAUGAAAGUAAUGAGAAAGUGGCCACUUUCAUGAGUAAAUCAUGUAAGUUUUUACUAUUUCUUUUCCAUAUGGGGAGUACAAUUAGAGAGGCUAGUGAGCUGAAAUAGUUUCAUUUACUUAAUCUGUUAAUUUGCCAAAAUGAAAUUGGCAACAAAACAAACAUAUAUACAUAUUUUUUUCCUUUUUUCUCACGCAUAGAUUUGAAGUGGCAUGCGUGACAGUGACCUAGACAUAGCUUUGUUGUUUUUAGGUGAUAUAAAUAAGCACGAAAAACAAAAACAUUUUAUUUUUAAUUUUAUUUUAGUGUAGGUAGGUGAACCAGCACAAAGCAAAGUCCAAAAUAUAUUUCAGAAUUACUUUAAAAUUGUGAAAAAAUAGUUGUUUUAUUUGUGUUUUGAUUGUAGUGAAAUUUGACUUUUCCCUCUAUUUGUGGAUGUGAAGUUGAACAGAUUGUGAUUGUUUUCUCUCAGCAGUGAUUUCAUGUUUAUUUAUUGUCUCACUACAGUGCAUCUCUUUUUCUUAUUUUUAAUGAGAAGAACCACAGAUUUUAUCCCGGGCCGUAUGCUUUGAAUGUGAAAAUGGUGACAUUUUCAUUAAUUUAGCUUGCCAGCUCCUGCUUAUGUGCCUUUUAUUAUAUUACAAAUCCUUUUGAUUAGACGAGAGGUAGUUGAUUUUAUCAGCUUCUGCAAAGAUUAGUAAGAAAAGCAAGUUUACGCGACUUGUAAUUUUACUGCUGUUUGAAUGAAUGUCGUAGAGUUUACACAUAAAAGAUUGAGCUGAUGUUAAGUUUUGGAGAAGUAUGUUUUGUCUUUUUGAAGGUGUCCAGACCAAAGGAUUCAGACGAACGCUAAUCACAAUGGAUGAAUCUUUUAAUGAAGCAGAGUUUAAUGAAUAUUUGAGGACUAUUUUUGUGUUUGUGGGACAACAGUAAAGCUCUGUGCUUACCGAUAAUGUAGGACCUGACUCAAACAUGCAUGUAAUUGAUCACUGGACAAUUUCUAGUUAUUCCCCCAAUCAACAGUUAUGUCCUCAUUUUCAAGAUCAAUAUUAAGUUCAAUAAAUCUUUCACCCUUGAUACGUAAACAAUGUCUUUAUUUAAUCAUUUCUAUUGUUUCAAAAUAUUCACACGUUUUUCUUUUUAUACGAUACUCCUGUACAUAUUCCACAAGCAACUGUAAAUGGCAUUACUGCAAGGUGGAGGUGUUUAGGAGCAUGUGGCCCUAGUGGUUUACUCUUCUUCACCUAACAAGUCAAAGGUCCCCAGUUCAACCCUGAGAGGAGAAGCAAAUCCUUUGGGUGUCAGGAAGGGCAUCUGAUAUACCAAAUGAAGUAUGUGCCGUAAAUAAGGGACAUAUUUACGGACAUGAACUUUGCUUAUUGGAAGUGUUUAGGUACAACAGUAACUCAUCCACAAAGUGGCACUCUGCAUAAAGUUACAACAUCCUCUGGCGUUAGCAUGAGCACAAAAACUGUGGCAGCAGUUUCACUGGGUGAACAGCUCCUGUUGGUGGCACAGUGCUUAUGUCUAUACGGUGUACAACUAUUGCUGCCUAUAUCCCUAGUAUUUGUCACAGUGAUAAGUAUCAGUAUCAGUGUGACCUGUGAGCAUUUUUGAAAUUGUACCGAAAAACGUAACGCCAGAUACGCAGCUUACUGGAAGUCUUUAGAUGCCGUGUGUGCACGAUAUCUGACUCAUUCUGAGUGUGAAGUGAAAGUGUUGGCACGACAGGCAUCUAUCAUCACAGCUGUGAUUGCAAACUGAAACAUUUACACCCAGAAAAAAUACUUAACAGCUACACGUUCACAGGCACGAACGCACUUUGCUCACGCUGAUACGACAGUCGCAGACCUGACACGCUGAUGAACAAGAAUGUCUUUCAGCGACUAUGAAACUGCAGUGAAAGCUUACCAUUCUUUAAAUUCUACAUACCAGUCAUUAUAGAAAUGUUUCAGUAUAUUUGUGCUUCCUUCCGAGUUGGGCCCUCUUUACAUGUCCAUCCUGGAGACGUGAUCUCAUUUAAAUGAAAAGGAUGACUGGAAGGGUCAUGAAAGCGCAGACCGAUUUUCAGCUAUAAAACAUUGAGACAAUCCUGAGGAAGUGAAAGACAAGUAAAAUGCUGAGGGGGGGGGAAAAGAUAAAAUGUCUAAAGUUUAAAUGCUGUUUUAAUCUUUUUUCAGAACUUUAAUCAGCUUAGUGCAGUUGGAAAGGCUCACACAUGACACUGUGUUUGUACCAUAUUAUUUGAGUCAUGUUUUGUAUAAACUAAUUACUGCUUAGGCAUGCAUGAUUCGGUCACUUGAUAAGAAUGGCCUGAUGCUACCACUAAAUGCCUUGCUCUGCAAACUGAAAUGGGUUUUGUGCUAUCGUUAGUACAGUUUUGCCCUUUGUAGGGCAGAAUGGCUGUUUUCUGUUCUGUGUGUGAGUGCUUUGUUUUGACAUCUGUCUCCAGAGAAGUGGAAUCAGGCAGAUAAGGGCAGCCUGCUGGCUGGGGGAGAAGUGGGAACGGUUUAAUGUUUUCCGCUGAUGUUUGCAUCAGUCGUGAAGAUGAAGCGUAUAUAUUUGGAGAGGUGAUGGUCACAGUCAAGGGACAAGGUUCUCGGUACUUAUUGCGACACACCGCACUGCAGACACAGAAAGUCAUCAUGGAAGCUGCUAUCUCAACCCUUGUCACCCAGUUCAAGACAUAUGCUGGGAAAGACGGAUCCUCCAGCACCCUGAGUAAGGAUGAGUUCCAACACCUGGUGGCUUCUCAGCUGCCCAACUAUGUCAAGAAUGCCAGUGAUCCCGCUGUCAUCGACCAGCUCAUGGGCUCACUGGAUGAAAACAACGACGGGGAGCUGACUUUCUCCGAGUUCUGGCAGCUGAUCGGAAAACUGGCGAGCAAGCAGGGAGGCUUCAGUUAGUAGAGCUCGUCGCUUUCUGUCAAUCGAGACUGAAAGUGAGCUGAUUGUGCAACGCCAAUCGUCUCAGUUUAUGCUUUUGAGUUCAAGACCGUUUGAAUUCUUUUGUCACCCUGCUGGUGCCACUCUUCAGUUAACCAUUUGUUGAAUACAGGAAACUAUGAAUUAAAAGCUUGAUUGUCUUAAACCACCAACAACAACCA